AUGUAUGUCGCUGUCACCAAACAAAAGAAAUCUCAUCGGACAAAGGAAGAUCGAUCACGAGACGAGGCACUGAGACGAUGGCAACAACAAGCUCCGGCUCACAACAUCAGAGGGUCACGCUGUCGCUGCAGUGUUAAGAUUGCACUCCAAUCCCCGCCAGCAUGUCCUGUCCUGACUGGGACACUUGCUGGACUGAAUGCCACUCUGUCUGACCUGUAA